AUGGAACAAUCUUCUACCAAGAUCAUUGUGCAACAACUUAAGGAUUGGGAAAUCCAGAUAUUGUUGCUCCUAAGCUUUGCCUUGCAAUUAAUCCUCUUCUUCUUUGGUGGCCAUAGGCGCCGUAGCAACCGUGUGAUGCUUAGGAUCUUGUUAUGGUUGACUUACCUAUCCGCGGACUUCAUCGCUGUGUAUGCACUGGGCUACCUCUCACGGCAUCUACCUACCACUACAGAUAGCCAUACAUAUUACCAAGCACGCCUUGGCAAAAACCUUCUUUUCCCUAGCCAAAGCCAUCAUGAUCUCACACCCUUGUGGGCUCCAUUCCUUCUUGUACACCUAGGAGGGCAAGACACCGUGACUGCAUUUUCCAUUGAGGACAAUGAGCUAUGGUCAAGGCACUUGCUGAAUAUGCUAGUCCAAGUAUGCUUAGUUCUAUUUGUGCUAUGGAAUUCAGUAGCACAUAAUCGACUUGUGAUCCCUGCAGCCUUAUUGUUUUUUGCUGGGGUCAUCAAGUACGGGGAGAGGAUAUGGGCACUCAAGUGCGCUAGCCAAAAAAGUCUAAAGAAUUCCAUCAACACAGAAGAGGAGGAUAUCAACAUAGAUAGUGAUAGACGACGUCAAGAAGAAGAGGAAAGCAAUGAAGAUAGUCAUGGGCAACAUCAAGGAGGAGACGGAAACAUUGAAGAUGGAAAUGGACGAAAUAAACAUGAAGGAAGCAAUAGAGAUGCCGGCCAAUUUAUUGGUGAUGGAAAUCAAGAAAAGGAUGGAAGCAAUUUAGAUGGAAAGCAUCAAAUGGUGUUGGAAUAUUCAUCACUUGUAAAAGGUGCUCUUCGCUUCAUGCCGACUCUUCGGAAGAUAUUCGUAGGAAGAAAAGGUUUUGACAUCAAAGAUAUCCUCUCUAGGCACAAAGUCUCCCAAGAUGCAGAGGUAGCUUUCAAGACAGUGGAGGUCGAGCUUAGCAUGAUGUAUGAUGAGCUCUACACGAAAACUAGGGUGAUUCAGACGAGGAACGGCACCAUCCUUCGUUCUGUCUCCCUCGCCUUCACAGUUGUUGCUUUUGUGGUCUUCAUCCUGAUGACCGGUGCCAAGCAGAGGUAUUACAGCUCAACCGUUGCUAUUGAUAUUGCAAUAACAUAUACGUUAUUCACAGGAGCUUUUUUCUUGGAGGCAUGCUCCAUUGCCACCUCCAUGCUUUCACCGAGAGCAUGGUCAUCCAUAGAAGCUCAAGGUAGAAGAAGAUGCAGUUCGCUCAGCCGGGCAACCUGGUCUAUGUUUGGGAGGACCCAACUGGAGAGAACAUGGUGGUCAAACUCUGUGAGGCAGUACAAUGUUGUGAGGUAUUUCAGGCUGGUUGAUGACAAGUCGAGGGUAGGCAAGAUGAUAAGCAUGGUUGGUGCUAAGGAGCUAUGGAGCAAACUUCGUCAUACCAGGCAAGAAAAAGUCACCACCUUCAUGAAGGAGAGCAUACACCAAGCAAUCUAUCAGGGCAAGCUGCGUCGUCCAUUAAAUGUGUCUCCUGAAUUGUAUUCGGUGCUAACUGGCCACUUCGAGUUGGUUUUGUUGACAAUGCAUGGCUUCACAGAGUUGUUCCUGUCCAUGCUGGAGAGAAACUCAGACUUUGACUUGGAUGACAAGAUGCAGAUUCUCGUACAAACAUGCAAGGUGAUAUCUGACUACAUGUUCUUCCUUCUAGUUCUGCAGCCUUCAAUGUUGCCUGUUAGAAGCAGCGCCGGUGUAUAUUCUAUGCUGGAGACAAUUUUUAAAUUCACCCCGGGUGAAGAUCUCUCUACCAAGGAGCAGUUUCUGGAAUCGUUUUUCAAGAGAGUAGAGACUCCACGUCAUGAUCUAAAGGGAACCGCAGGGAGGAUGUUGGAGGACGGGCAGGACAUCGGUGCAGCAUUGCAGCUGAUGGUGGAUAUAUGGGUGAGGCUGCUUAUCUACGCGGCCGGCAAGUCCCCAGCACAGGAGCACGCCAGGCAGCUGAGCAUGGGAGGGGAGCUGCUCACCUUCGUUUGGCUGCUCAUGGCGCAUCAUCAGCUCGGAGACGUCUCCGCCGAGCAGUUCGAACUCGUGGAAAGACUUGCAACCGGAGAAAUCGUCCUUGGUCCAGGCCACCACACUAUCAGGUACAGCACGAUAAUGGUUCUCUUCGAGCUCGACGGCGCUCAUCGUGCUACGCGCAGGACUACCGCGGUUUAG